AUGCCCAAGCGCCGCGCCGCUAUUAUCACUGACUCCGACGUUGACGAGUCUUCUCCGUCAGGAGACGACGUGGGCAUUGAUAUUCUCAUUGCCACACGUGGUGAUCUGAUACUCUUGGUCGGCGAAUCGAGACGCCGGAUUCGAGUCCACUCCGAAGUCAUGCAUGAAGGCUCAAGUGUCUUUCACGUUUUGCUUGGCAGCAGGCCCAAUGCCAGUCCUCGGGAAGCCAAUAAACGCCCUAUUGAGCUGAGCCUCCCAGACGAUAAUGCAGGGACUAUCGCCCUUCUCUGUAAUAUUCUGCACUGCGCUACAACCUUGAAGCAUACGCCCAGCUCGAGAGAGAUACUUGCCUUGGCUAAAGCUGCUCGCAAAUACAAUGCUUUGCCGCGGGCUGUUUUCACAGCAGAGGUUUGGAUCGAGAAACUCUCCGGCUUCCAGAAUAGUGAGCUUCUCUGGGAUCUUCUUCUCGCCGCGUACGAGAUGGACCUGGAUGGUAGCUUCGACAAAGUGAGCCGCCAGCUGCUUUUAAUGCACUCUGGAUCGUUUCGAGAACUCGUGGGCUAUGUCGCACGAAAUUGCUUGGCCGCUGAUCUGUAA